AUGGCCUCCAAGCGCAAAGCCUCGUCAAUGGGAACGGCCAUUGACGAUGAGCCCGUUGACCCAUCAGACGAACUGGCAUUCUACUGUCUCGGCGGCGGCAAUGAAGUUGGACGGAGUUGUCACAUCCUGGAAUAUAAAGGAAAGACAGUGAUGCUUGACGCGGGCAUGCAUCCAGCAAAAGAAGGCUUCUCCGCACUUCCAUUCUUCGACGAGUUCGAUCUGAGCACAGUGGAUGUUCUUUUAAUCAGCCAUUUCCAUGUUGACCAUUCAUCCGCCCUCCCAUAUGUUCUCAGCAAGACAAACUUCAAAGGAAGAGUCUUCAUGACUCCGGCAACCCGAGCAAUCUACAAAUGGCUCAUUCAAGACAACGUUCGGGUCAGCAACACAUCCUCUUCCUCCGAUCAACGCACCACGUUAUACACCGAGCGUGAUCACUUGUCAACACUUCCCAUGAUUGAAACCAUUGACUUUUACACAACACAUACGAUCAAUGGCAUUCGUAUUACCCCGUAUCCUGCCGGACAUGUUCUCGGUGCUGCCAUGUUCAAAGUUGAUAUUGCGGGGUUGGUGACUUUGUUUACAGGAGACUACUCUCGCGAGGAAGACAGACACUUGAUUCCCGCCGCGGUGCCCAAGGGCACGAAGAUCGAUGUUCUCAUCACAGAAUCUACAUUCGGCAUUUCCUCCAAUCCGCCUCGAUUGGAACGUGAGGCCGCCUUGAUGAAGUCAAUAACGAGCGUUCUCAACCGUGGAGGUCGAGUUCUGAUGCCCGUGUUUGCUCUCGGACGUGCCCAAGAGCUGCUUCUUAUCCUUGAUGAAUAUUGGGAAACCCACCCAGAACUCCAAAAAUUCCCCAUCUACUACAUUGGAAACAUGGCACGACGAUGCAUGGUUGUAUACCAAACAUAUAUUGGUGCCAUGAACGAUAAUAUAAAGCGACUCUUCCGACAGCGUAUGGCCGAGGCCGAGGCCAGCGGUAAUAAGAGCGUGAGUGUCGGACCUUGGGAUUUCCGAUUCGUUCGAAGUCUCCGCAGCUUAGAGCGUUUCGACGAUGUUGGAGGAUGUGUGAUGCUUGCCUCUCCCGGCAUGUUGCAGACGGGAACAAGUCGCGAGCUGCUGGAAAGAUGGGCACCAAGUGAUCGCAACGGCGUUGUCAUGACCGGCUACAGCGUUGAGGGAACCAUGGCUAAGGGGUUACUUAAUGAACCUGAUCAGAUCCCGGCUGUCAUGUCUAAGGUUUCCGCUGGGCACGGUCGUGGUCGUGUUCCCGGAGUGAAUGACGAGGAUCAGAAAGUUAUGAUCCCUCGUCGUUGCACUGUUGACGAGGUCAGCUUUGCAGCCCACGUCGAUGGCGUGGAAAAUCGUACUUUCAUUGAGGAAGUCGGAGCACCAGUUGUGAUCCUCGUUCACGGCGAAAAACAUCAGAUGAUGAGGCUGAAGUCGAAACUGCUCAGCCUUAACGCAGAUAAAGCCGUCAAAGUCAAAGUUUAUACCCCAGCAAACUGCGACGAAGUUCGCAUCCCUUUCAAGAAGGACAAGAUUGCCAAGGUCGUCGGCAAGCUCGCAGAGCUUGCGCCUCCAUCGGAGAAUGAUGAUGCCCAGCUCAUGGCUGGAGUCUUAGUACAAAAUGGGUUUAACCUGUCAUUGAUGGCCCCUGAUGACCUACAGGAGUACGCGGGCUUGACAACCACGACUAUUACUUGCAAACAGCAUAUCACUCUUAGCUCCGCGAGCAUGGACUUGAUCCGAUGGGCUCUCGAGGGAACUUUCGGAGCCAUCGAAGAAAUUGGGAAUAGCAAGAAGACUGAGACCAACGGCAAGAAAGACAUGCAUACUGACGACAUCCUAAAGCAAGAGGAUGCCGACGAGGAAAUUCCAUCAGACGAGACACAGACAUUCCUUGUCAUGGGGUGUGUGUAUCUCCGCCAUCACUCACGCAGCCGUGAAGUUGAAUUGGAAUGGGAAGGUAAUAUGAUGAACGACGGAGUGGCAGAUGCAGUUAUGGCUGUUCUGCUCACAGUCGAAAGCAGCCCUGCCUCCGUAAAGCAAUCGGCCAAAAACAAGCACCACCACCAUCAUCAUGACGAUGACGACAUGGAAAUCCCCUCACUUCCUCACAACCCUCAUGCUCAGUCUGGACCACAAGAGCGGCUUGCUCGUAUGCUGAUGAUGCUCGAGGCCCAAUUCGGCGGCGACAACAUUGGCCCCAUUGAACGCCCACGAGUCCCGGGUGAUCUCGCACUCGGCCCACAAGAUGAUGGCGAAGAGGUGAACGAAGAGCGAAUUGCCGACAUUGAGGCUGCAGAGCUGGAUCGUCUUAUCACAAUGGGUAUCCCCGUCCCAGGUAUUGAGAUCAGGGUGGACAAGCAUAUUGCCCGCGUGUGGCUCGAGGACCUAGAAGUCGAGUGUACGAACCCUGUCCUGCGAGACCGCAUUCGUGUAGUCGUUGAACGGGCCAUUGAGACUGUCGCUGGCCUGUGGGCAGAGAGCUCAAUUCAUCAGGACGUGACGUUUAGUGGCUCUGCCAACGGGCCAAAGGGGAUUGAACUGGCCGAUAGGAAGAAAGCAGCUGCUAUUGAGGCCCGAUCUUGA